CCUGUCUACACAAUCAGUCAAUGGCCGGCCGCUGGAUGAGCGAGAAGACUCUUUGGAAUAAUAAUAGUUUUUAUUACUAAUAUAAGUUUGCGACAAAUAAAGAAGCUCUUAACGCGGCAACAUAUGCACAGUGCCUUUUGAACAGUCAAUUGGAGAGCACACGCACCACACCACUUCCUCAUCGCACGCAAAAGCCGCCGCACAGCACAAAUAAACUCCAAUAUGCUCACUAAAGUCUUCCGUAUGGUGAUGCUGGGUGCACCAGCUUCCGGAAAGGGUACCAUCUCAAAGCGCAUUGUCGAGAAAUUCAAUUUCGUACACAUCUCCCCGGGUGAUAUGUUGCGCCUAAAUGUACUACACAAAACGGAGUUGGGCAAAAAGGCGAAACAAUUUAUGGAUGCAGGCAAAUUGGUACCCGAUGAUAUUGUAAUGAAAUGUGUGCUGAGCCGUAUCACCGAAGUGGGUAACAAAUCAUGGAUGCUGGAUGGAUUUCCACGAACACUCGUGCAAGCUGAACGUUUGAAUGCGAGUGAACCGUUACAUGCGGUUAUAAACUUGGAGGUGCCACACGAUGUGAUCAUCGAACGAGUGAAGGGUCGUUAGAUACACUUGCCAUCCGGACGGGUGUACAAUGUGGGCUUCAACGAUCCCAAAGUGCCAGGUAAAGAUGAUAUAACUGGUGAGGAUUUGGUGCAACGUGAUGAUGAUAAGCAAGAGGUGGUCGCGCAACGCUUACAAGUGUAUGAAGAGAUGCUACGGCCAGUAUUGGAAUAUUAUCAGAAGCAAGAACUCAUAACUAAUUUCCGGGGGCGCACCACAGCCGAAAUAUGGCCACAAGUGGAGCAAUUUUUAGUAGAGAAAACGAAGGCGGCGGUGGCGAAAAGGCUGUAAAGGAGGGAAUUUGGUCAUUUUUAUGUAUUUGCAUGAAUAUGAUAGCGCACAAAACUGCUUUACUUAAAAUUCCUUAGAGUCAAGAACGAUAAUUGCAAAUGUUUAUUGUUAUGCAUAAAUUUA